UGCACCGAUCAAUGGCAUAUUGAAGCACCAUGUCGGAGACAACGGAGGAGCAGCUGCCGCUGUAUCUAACGCCGCAGUUCUUUAAGCGCACCCUCGAGCACGGUCUGCAGCAGCAGGAUCUAAAGGUCCUCGAAGUACAACUGACGAAUCUGACGCGUGGCGGCGAGAACUACUGCAGCAACAUUUACAGGGCCAACAUUCAGUAUCGAAAUGCGGAGGGCAGACAUGUGGAGACGUCGCUGAUUGUCAAGUCCAUGCCGGACGAGAAGCAGGCCAUACUGGCACGACUGCACAUCUACAACAAGGAGAGUGUCUUCUAUAUGCACGUUAAGCCAAAGCUGGAGACGCUCAUGUGGGGCAGAAGCGACUCCACAGAGCCCUGGACAUUGGGUGCGAGACACUACUACUCCACCACACAGCCAGAGCAGACCAUCAUCUUUGAGGACCUUUGCUCGGAGGGAUACCAAUUGAAAUGUCGUCAACUCGGCCUGGACAUGGAUCAUGCGACGCUUCUGAUGCGCAAACUGGCAGAAUAUCAUGCCCUAACGAUGGUAAUGGCCGAGCACGAGCCCGAGACCGUCAUCGACCGCUAUCCCUUUGGACUGCUGCACAUGGAUGCCAUCAAGUCGGAGCCUUUCAAGUUGCUCUUUGGCACCCAGCUCCUGAAGCUGGCAGCUCUCGUGGGCGAUACCGAGGGUUUUGGGGCCAUAACCUCGAAGCUUUAUCGCUAUCACGAGCACUUCACGGACCGCAUCCUCAAGUCUGUGUAUCCGUUGAGGGGAAAUCUGAAUGUGCUCAACCAUGGCGAUCUGUGGGUGAACAAUAUGUUCUUUAAAUACAAUCAGGAAUACAAAGUGGAGCAAGUCAAGAUUAUCGACUUUCAGCUUUGUUUCUAUGGCAGCCUGGGCUUUGACAUCAACUACUUCCUGAACACCAGCCUGGAGCUGGAGGUGCUGCGCAGCCAGCGUCAGCGCCUCAUCGACAUCUACUACGAGGCACUGGUGGCGUGUCUGGAGCAGCUGCCCUGGUCCAAGCCACUGCCCACGUAUGAUGCCGUCAUGUCGGAGAUAAAGGCACGCGAGGCUUAUGGGUUCUUUGUGGCCUUCGGCUUCUUUCCGCUGAUGAGCAUGAUUGGCGUCGACUCGGAGGAUAACUCUUUGCAGAACUUUCACGACGAGACCUUUGCCCGACAGAAGGUGCAGCUGAUGUUUGAGGGAAAUGCACGUACCCUGGAGAGCUUGAAGUGCACGCUGAAACGUCUCGAUGAGCUCCAUCUGUUCGACUGAACGUUUGUAAUUGUUUAUAAAAAAUUAUAAUUGUGCGGCAGGCGCACACACUUUGCAAAUUGAAUAAAGAAUUCGACAGACUUGAUUGCCCGCCCCAUGCCCCCCCAUUGGAAGUUUGUCUGUCGCUUGACUAAAAUGUUUUCCCAUAUAUGAGAUCAUCUUUGAAUUAAAACAGAAAUAUCACUAGCCUCACAUUAGCCACAUUGCAUGCAGAUAAUGGCCACAGAUUGAUACAAAUUAUACGAUGUAUGAGAUAAUGCCAACGAAUUGAUACAAUCAAAUGGAAUAUAGAUAUUAGUUUGCAUUUAAAUUAGAAUCAACAAAUUUCACAUGGGUGCCAUGAGUGGAUAAUUACCCAAAAACGCUCAAUAAACUUGCAUAUACUGCGUACGGGAGAGGUACUCAUUUUAA